AGAUGGCGUGAAAGUUACCUGGUUACUUCCGGUGCCAAGUUGGAAAAUGGCAAGUUUAGAUUUGGAAGACGAAAGUGUGUUGUCCGCGAUAUUCCAAGGCUCUUUUCCAGAUACUUGGAGGGAUAAUUCUGACUUUGCACAAUACCUUGCUGAACUUAGCUCAUUUGGCGUAGAUAAACUAAGUAGAGAGCCGGAGAGACUAGCUGAAGAGCGGGCCACCAUCCUAGAGGAGACUCAAGAUCUUGCUUUCCACAACUACAAGACAUUCAUUCAGACAGCAGAAUGUUCAAAGGAAAUCUUUCAAGAUUUUCAAAUCAUAGAGAAGAGUGUCGCUUCUAUGUUGGAGGGCCUACCUGAACUGUCUGAACAAUGCCAGGGUUUCAUGACUCAAGCACAGAAUAUACAUGCAAGCCGUAGGAUGAACUCCUUGACGCUACAGAAGCAUACACAGUUGCUGGAGAUCCUGGAGGUUCCCCAGUUGAUGGAUACAUGUGUACGCAAUGGUUAUUAUGAGGAGGCACUUGAACUGGGAGCAUAUGUGCGCAGGUUGGAAAAGAAACAUUCAGCUAUACCUGUAGUGCAGAGCAUCGUGUCUGAGGUGAAAGUGUGCAGUCAGCUUAUGUUGUCUCAGCUUAUACAACAGUUGCGUACCAAUGUUCAGCUGCCAGCGUGUCUGCGUGUUAUUGGUUAUCUCAGACGGAUGGAUGUCUUCACAGAACUUGAACUGAGAAUUAAGUUCCUACAGGCUAGAGAUUCAUGGUUUCAGGGAAUUCUAAAGGGCAUUCCAAGAGAUGAUGCAUACUUCCAUAUUACCAAAACGAUAGAAGCGAGUCGUGUACAUCUGUUUGACGUCAUUACCCAGUACAGAGCCAUCUUUAGCGAUGAAGACCCGAUAUUUACUCCAAAUAAGGAAGAUUCUAUGAAUGAGGCUUCAUUAUUCCAUGGAUGGGUCGUGCAAAAGGUGUCACAGUUCCUUCAAACAUUGAAAGAUGACCUGAGUCGUGGUAUAGGGGCACGACUAGACUCCUUGCUGGGACAGUGCAUGUACUUCGGACUAUCCUUCAGCCGGGUUGGGGCCGAUUUCCGAGGACUUCUGGCGCCGAUAUUUCAAAAUGCUUGCCUCCAGGGAUUUAGAAAUGCAACUGUAGCAGCUAAUGGUCGUUUUGAUGAUUUAAUGCAGUCUUAUAAUCUUGUAACAACUAGUGGACUCCUUCCUAGCAGCUCAUAUUCUCUGCCUUCACAGACUGGCCAGUUGCAGCCGCCUAAUGUUUUCCUGGAGUUUCCCCCAUUGGCGCAGUACUGCAAUGACAUGCUAACAGCAUUUAACGAGCUUCGACUCUGCGCCCCAAUAGCUCUUACAUACGAUGUCACGGCUCUACUACAUGACUCAUUGGAUGUCAUCGUUAAGGGGAUCCUCGCGUUUCAUAAAGCCGAAGAGAGUAUGUUAGAUGACCAUGAGCAUGACCAACUGAGCCGUCUAUGCAGCGUAUUUGUUCAAGAUCUGGUACCUUACUUCAACAAAUGUCUGCAGGUGCUGUUCCCUCCUAGCCAAAUAUCACAAACACUAGGAGUACCAGUCUUACAACUCGUCAAAAUGAAUAACAUUGGAUUCCUUGAUGUUACCACAUUGACUAAACCACUUGAACAUUUAAUGCCUAAGAAAGAGGAGGUUGAAGAAACAAAGCCUGUGAUUGGUCCAGAAAUUGGUCAAACCAGUGAUGAUUCUGCUUUGAACCAAUCAGAAAAUGUGUUACAAGAUUCAUCUGAAACUGAAAAAUCUGAUAACCAUGAUGAACAAAUUGAUGAAGGUGGAGAAAUUACUAAAGACUCAAAACAAGUGAAUGAGAGUGAAGACAAACAAAAAGAAGUUGAUUCUCUAAAAGAAACUGACAUUAACAAUGAGACUGAUGCAUUGAAAGAGACUAAAGAAGAUGAAAAUGAAACAUCAAAAGAAAAUUUACAAGAUAAACAUGAAUCUAAUGACUCUAAAUCUACAAACAUUGAAAAUGACAAUAUUGCUACAGAAGAGAGUGCGACUGAACAAGUUCAGUUUUCAGAAAAUCAAGCAAAAAAAUCAGAUUGAGAGUUAAUAUGUAUAUCUUAUUGUUUAUCUAAUGGUAUCAUGGUGUAGUAAAAUGGAGCUUGGGUAAAAUAUCUGGGA